CAGUAAGGCCAACACCUUUCCCGGCAAUAGCAAUACUUAUUCCUCUGUCGUCAGUCGUCACUUUAGAUGCUUUCUAAAUAGUUCCUUUUUUUACAUUCAUCCUUUGUUGAGUCAUAGAGUCAAGCUCUCCGUCUCCUCCACCGCCCACCGUACAAGCUCUUCCCGUCCCCAAUCUGCCGUGUUUAUAAUUGAUAAAGUGAAUGGGAGGAAACAGCUCAAAGGACGAAAGUUGGAGGACAAAUUCAACAUCUCAAUCUCCUCAAUGGAAUGAGUACGGAAAUAAUGAGCAAGGAGGAUAUGCACAACCAUAUUAUGCACCACCACCACCAGCUGAGGGUCAUUACUAUGUUCCAUCUCAACAACACAACCAACCAAUGCCGCCCGCACCAGGGCCGAGCUAUGGUGCUGGUGUUCAACAAACCCAUGACCAUAAGAAGAGGUUUGAAAGGAUGUACUCAAGGAUAGCUGAUGAAUAUACAUCACUGGAUCAGGUGACUCAAGCAUUGGCUCGUGCUGGCCUUGAAUCUUCUAAUCUUAUUGUUGGUAUUGAUUUUACAAAAAGCAAUGAGUGGACAGGUGCCAAGUCAUUCAAUAAAAGAAGUCUGCAUCAUAUUGGUGAUGGCCUAAAUCCAUAUGAACAGGCAAUAUCUAUUAUAGGAAAGACACUAGCAACUUUCGACGAUGAUAAUUUGAUUCCAUGUUAUGGAUUUGGAGAUGCAUCAACACAUGAUCAAGACGUCUUUAGUUUCUACCCUGAUGAAAGCGUUUGUAAUGGAUUUGAGGAAGUGUUAUAUAAGUAUAGGGAAAUUGUUCCUCAUUUACGACUUGCAGGACCUACAUCGUUUGCCCCAGUAAUUGAGAUGGCCAUGACAAUUGUUGAGCGGAGUGGUGGACAAUACCAUGUUUUGUUAAUAAUUGCAGAUGGACAGGUUACUAGGAGUGUUGAUACAGAGCGUGGUAGGCUUAGUUCCCAGGAGCAGAAGACAGUUGAUGCGAUUGUAGAAGCAAGCAAAUAUCCCCUCUCAAUAGUUGUUGUUGGGGUAGGGGAUGGACCCUGGGACAUGAUGAAGGAAUUUGAUGAUAACAUUCCUGCAAGAGAUUUUGAUAACUUUCAGUUUGUAAAUUUCACUGAAAUUAUGGCAAAGAACACUCACCAAACUAGGAAGGAAACUGAAUUUGCUCUGUCAGCAUUAAUGGAAAUUCCUUCUCAAUACAAGGCAACAAUGGAGCUUUCUUUAGUGGGUAGGCGUAGAGGAGUUUCUCCGGACAGAGUCCCUCUUCCUCCACCAGUGUAUAAUGCACGGCCAUUAAGCAAUGCAUCAUCUUUCAACUCUCCGAAGCCUUAUCACUCAACAAGUUUUCAGUCGAGUGCUCCUUCAUAUUAUGAAAAACACAGCCAAGUGGGUACAGCUCCACCUGUGCCUAGUUCUACCCACGAUUUGGGCCAACCUGCUGCCACCUCUGAUUAUGAUAAUCUGCUAUGCCCUAUCUGCUUUACGAACAACAAGGACAUGGCUUUCGGCUGCGGGCACCAGACAUGCGCUGAAUGUGGGCAAGACCUCUCUAAUUGUCCAAUUUGUCGCAGCACGAUACAAACGAGGAUAAAGCUCUACUAACAUCUUCAAUGUGUGGAUGUUGUGGCUGUCGUUAGUUGAAAUUCUUUCAUUUGUUUGUUUUAUUUUGUUCAAAUUCAUGGAUGAUGAUCAAGUAUGGUAUCUGCUUUGCCUGAUUUUGGCGUGUUUGGUUGGCGGGGAUGUAAAUUUUUGAUCGUGCUUGUACAUUGUUUUUGUUUGUCGCUUUUAUUUGUCAAGAAUUCCUCUCUGUAAUUACAAGAUUGUUGCACAUAAUGUCAAUAGUCAUCUUCACAGCU